CUGUCCUGUGGCAGCCAGCGGGAAAAAGGUCGUGGAAUGGCGCUUUCACAAAAGUUUGAACCUGUUUUGGCAGACCUGGCGUACGUGGAGGAGAAGCUCGUGGAGGAGUUUGGGACGAGCACGACGCCAGCUGAGCUGCUUGCACGGCUGAGUGCUGUGGAAGAGGCUGUUGCAGGUCUUCGUGAGCGGCAUGCUGCGGUGGUGGCCGCCAAGGACGAGUUCUACCGUGAGGCGGCCAAGACGGUGGCGGGCGGCGCUUCGCGCCUUCUGGACGUGACCAACACGCCGGGAACACGGGCGGCCCAUCUGGCGGGUAAGGCUGCACUGGCGACGUUUGAGGCGAGCAAGAAGGAAUGGCAUGCUGCGGUGGGGACUUCGCCGGCGGCGCUGGCUCGGGGAGCCGGCAAGGUGGCGGUGCCGUCGGCAGCCGAAGCCCUGGCACUGACCGAGCUGGAGGUUGGCGCCGGGCAGGCCAUGAUGGCGGGCGAGGCGGACGAAGCGGAUGCUGUCGGCAACAACGAGGAUGAGCUGGAGACAGAGGUGGCACGCGAGGCUGCUCGGUGGUUUGUGCCGCUGGUCCGCGGGCGGAUCUCUGUCGACGCCGUCAACGCUGUCUACCGCACCGUGUACGACACGUUCCAGGCCGAGCCGCGCCGCAAGCCGAUGGGGGUCAAGGAGAUGGUGAGCAUGGGCCUGAGCGUGACUGGCGCGUCGGGCAAGGCCAAGCUCAACGUUCUCCGCUCGCUCAAGCUCAUCGAGAUGAGCUCGGCCGGCGUGGUCCUGGCCCGCCCGCUGCACAAGCGCCUGCCACGGCGGCGAUGAGCGGCUGUGGCGGCAAUGAGAGCAGGAGGAGGGAGGGGAGGAGAGGGCGCCAACGGAAGGGCGUCCGCGGCUCGAGCAAGGCAGCUUUGUGAGAGCGUUUGUAAAGUUCCAAAGGAC